AUUCAAAUGGCUUGCACAACACAACAGGAUAAACCACUGUGUUUAUUGUAAAUCAUCAGAGAAAAAGUUGACAAGUCAUCUGAAGACAAAAAGCCAACUGUGUUCAGAAAAUCCUCUUGGACUAUCAGGGGAUCAUAAACCAAAGUAUAAAUAUUGCAAAAAAAUAAAAAAUAUCCAGGUGACAACUUGGCAUAUUGAAACCAAGUUGUCACCUGCAUGUGUUAAAUUCACUGCUUGGACUAAGAUCUGUUUCAACUCCAAAUACAAAUUCACUUAGUGUUAUUUACAUGUUCUCUAUUAAUUUUGGUGAUUCUAACACACUGCUAAUGAAAACCGCACAAAAAAAAAAGUCUAAAAAUUUUUUGAAUAUUACCUAAGACCAAUCAAAAGGAGAUUUUUAACAGAAGUGUCAACCUGCUGGAACACUGAGUCCCAAUGAUGUGCAGCAUCUGCUCCCAGGAACUCACGAUUGCUUUGCAUGACUUGCUGCACAAAUGCGACGUGCCAUCGAGGUGGUCAGCCUAUAUGGUUCUGUUGUGAUCUGCAGGAAGUCCAGGUUUGUCAGCAGAGGGAUGCAUGAAACACUAGAAGGGUCCAAGUGACUGAAUUGAUCAUGCACUUCAGAAAAACAAUAAAAAUUAUGACAUGGGACCUCAAGCUAUCACUGAUUGUGGAAACUUCACACUGGACCUUGAUAGACUUUGAUUAUGUGUUUGAAUGGAAAAAAGGAUUUUGUACCACUUUUCAGUACUCCAGUGCUUUUUCACAUCUGUUGUCCCUGGUUCAGAAAUAGUGUAACAGAAUGUGAUGGGUUAAGUGCUGAAGCUCUUAUGAGAAACUUUCAUUUUGGAUUUUCAUAAUCUGCAAAGCAUAAUUACAAACUCAUCUAAAAAAAUGAAACCAUUUGAUCUAAGAAACCUACAUAAUAUGAGUUUUACUUUUCUUUAAUAGCUUAAAUAAGCACCUUUAAAAAAAAAAAAAAUGAUAUUGUCAUUUUCUGAAAUGUAUGUUUUCAGUAUUUCUCUGAAAAUGUCACGUCCAAGUAGCUCAGGAACAAGCAGCAGGUGGACCUUGAAGUGUGCGUGUCGAUGACAGGUGUCUGCCGCGUAAACAGAGAAGUCGGAGUGGAGAAGAUGCAACGAGGCAACAGGUGGAAGGAGGGAGAGAGGUGGAGGUGGUUUGGGUGGAGUAAAUGGGUUGUAUUUAAGGCGCCGUCGUCCAGAGCCUCCCUAUCAGCCGCUGUCGCCUCCUCUGUCUGCACCUCGCCGUCAAGCCCGGAGCUUCAUCUUCACUCAGAAUGUCUUUGCCCAACUCAGAGAAUGCCUCCACCCUGGAGAACGCCAUGCAGCUGAUGAUCCAGACCUUCCACAAAUACUCUGGAAAUGAGGGGGAUAAAUACACACUGAGCAGGGCUGAGCUCAAAGAGCUGCUCACCACGGAGCUCGGCACCUACCUGGGGAAUGCCCAGGACAAAGAGGCUGUGGAUAAGGUCAUGAAAGACCUCGAUUCAAACAACGACGGAGAGGUCGAUUUCACCGAGUUUGUCAUCUUGGUGGGAGCUCUAACUGUGGCCUGCAACGACUUCUUCCUGGAGUUCAACGAUAAGCCGGAGAAGAAGUGAGCGGCUCGUAGAAAUCUGCUCUCGCAAACACAAAACCCCCUACGCUCCAGCGAGGAAAUGGUAACAGACAUCCUGUCAUAAAGCUGCAGUGCAAAAACAACACAAAAACACACUGACCUGAGCUGUAAUAGUUGCUGUUUAUUUUGUUCUUUUUGUCUCAUUGUGACUGUAAACGUGAUUAUAUGAUUUCUCAUUUCAUCUCCUGCGGUUCUUUGUCUGGAAUUGCUUUUUGAUACACCUUCGAGUUAAAUGUUUCUUCCCCUGGAAAGAAUAAACAUUCAUUUAAACCGUGCUCUGUCGGCUCUGGUUUAUUGCAGCACGGAAUAAAAAAGGAGAGCAAAUAGACACCAGGGGGCAGCAUUACUCCCUGGUUUAUAAAAAAAAAAGCAAUAUAGUAGCAGAAGAGCUCAAACAGGUUUAUACACAGAUUUAAGACAUAUUUCUGUUGUCAUACAAGAAUGUGUAUAGAUACAGAUGCAUCAUUGGCGCAUUUUACCCUGUAAUAGUAUAUUUCAACUUGUAUUUUUGUUGUUGCGUUUGAAGUCAUUACUGAGAUUUUGAAAAUGUUAAUACAGAACCAAUAAAGUGUAAAUUAGAAGAAGCAGUCACUUGUUGUGGUUUGAGGGUUGAUUAAAAUGGUGAAAGGUUCAUGUGUGUAUCUAUUCGUUUAAAGGGAGAGUGUGCAAUAAUGAAUAGAGAUGUAUCCUGUCAAUGUAUAGUCACAUUUUGAACUGAAGUCGCUUGAUGAUAUAAGACUAGAACAGAAAAAAUGAAAGGUACAGUUUACAGUGCCUUAAAACAGUUAAAGCUAUUCAGACCUCUUGUUUUCUUUCUUUCUACAACCACCAACAAUUAUUGGGCUUCUAUGCUACAGCCACACAUGAAAGCUUUGUGUACAUGUGUAAGAGUAAAGGACGACGACAAGAGCCACAGACGAUUAAUCUGAACCUACAACCUUUAUUGGUCGGGUUAAGGUGAGCAGAUUUCAGAGUCGGGAAUGGGGGGGGGGAGGUGAAGGAUAGUGGAGCAUAAUCAUCAGAGAGGAAGUGAGUGGAAAAAGGAAGGAGAGCGAAAAGGUCAAGGGGAGCAAACAGAGAGUGGGCAGCGGCACUUUCUCUGGUGCAGAGCCAUGCAGCCAACAGUAUUCACGGGUCUCUGAAAGGCUUUUCACACUUGUAUGAGAUCUGAAAGGGAUCCCCACGGGUGAUCCCAUCGUGGAGAGGCAGAGAGGGAGACGGCUCCCAGCGAGUGAAGCUGCAGACCUUGGCCACAUGACUGCAGAAAUCUGGAGAAACUCACAGACGACGACAAUGACAGGGAUGAAAUAGCAUUUUUUUGUGUGUUUUUAGUUCUUUUCCUUUAAAGUGAAACGUUGGGAGUCCUUUCUCUUUUCCGGUUUCCACUCAAUUUUUUUAGGCAUUUUCCACUUACGAGUGCAGUUGAUCCUCUUGAGCUCCUUCUUUAUUUCUUAAGAUUUUAAUUGCACAUGUGAUUGCAAAAGGUCCUUUUGCAUCUUUCAUGACCGUCUAAGACCCUGAUAAGAUUCUGGAAAAACUAAGACUAAUUUCCAAACAUUUGUGAGUUUGGAAGACCAAAUAUAAGGGGCUGGAGUUUGGCAGAGACUAAUUGAAGGAGGGGUUGGAAGACGCACAUUCUUUAUGCUGCAACUCUCAGAGGUGAUAAUACAGAAGGGUGUUCACAUUUACACAUUAAAGCUCAGGCGUUGAGCGAGAGGAUUAGAGAUGCACCCGUCAGAAUCAUGUGGCGAUUCCGAUUUUCCGCUUUUGGAAAUCUUGAAGUUGACUCUGAUUUCUCCUUAGGAACAAUUAAAGGAUAAUGGCACUGGAAAUAUUUUGCCAUUAAAUCUUCCUCAUGAGAUAACGCUACGGUGCAGUGAUUUGUAUCGAGGAAAUAAUGAAAGAUGAAAGACAGCCUGAAAUUAAUUUGACUUUGUCUGGUAAUAAAUGAAUUGGUGUGUCAAAUCCAAAUGUUUUUUUUGUUUUGUUUUGUUUAUUGCACCAAGAACCCAGCAGGAUGAGAUCUGAUCCAAACGACUAAUUGUGUCACCAACAAGGUUUUACUAUAAUUUUAAAAACAGAAAUAUUAAUGAUUUUAAACUAGCUUAAGUAUGCUAUGGUAGCUUACAUGACAAAACCAGCAGAAUUAGCAUGUAAUCCUUAGAGAAUCUAUAUCCUUAAUCGGAGAUUUCCAACUGCGUUCAGCAUUCCUACUCUCUGCUGAAACUGUUGCUCUCCGGCUGCCUGAAUUAACCUUCUCCAGAUGUCAGGGACAACCCUGUUUAUUCAAAAUACCUUCUCAACAUAUCUGUGCUUCCUCUCACUAUGAUUUUAAGCGCCUUAACGAUGCAAUAUUUAGGUAGCUUUGAGUACCUCCAGAGAUGGCGUGUGUCCUGAACCGGAAAAAUAUCUGGAUUUUCAAGUAUCUGUCUGGUUUCUGGCUGGUUUGACUGAUUCAGGUCACCGGCCGAUUUUUUUUCUUUUCUUGGUGCAUCUCUAAUGAGGACAAAGGAGCUAAAAGACACUACGUCAGUCUGGUAAGGGCAACAACAUUGAAGUAAACAGAUGUGAAACCAUGUCAACACGCAUAAUUAUCCCAAAGCCUUUGAAAGUACCUCCAUCAGUUUAUCGAUAAUUCGAUGUACACGUAGCUGUCUGCACAACCAACGAGUGCCUCCUUGUUACUUCAUCUGGUUAAAAAUAGAAAUCACAUUCCAGUGUCCAGCACGUUUACUGUUCUGUUGCAACAUUUUGGCUCAGUUUAAUCCACUUCUCAGGUCUCGUAUGCAGCUGCGCCCUCUGGUACAGCAAUCUGCAACACUUUAAGCAAAAAACAAAAAAACAAAAAAAAAAACACCCGAAAAAA